CUGCAAUUAUCGGAUGUAUCGUAUAUUUUAUAACAAACAGUAACAAUCUUUCAGACAUUGACAAUAAUUCAAACAGCAACAAUCCUUCAAACAAUAACAAUCUUUCUAACAGUAACAAUCUUUCAAACAGUAACAAUCUAUCAAACAGAAACAAUUAUUCAAACAGUAACAAUCUUUUGAACCGUAACAAUUAUUCGAACAAUAAAAUUUAUUCAAAUAAUAAAAAUCAUUCGAACUGUAACAGUCAUUCAAAGAGGGAAAUUAGCGGCAAUAAUUCUUCUGACACUGAAUAUUUCACAUGGGACAAUAAACCUGUCAAUUUAACUAUUAUUCCAAACGCUGCAUAUAAGAAGGUAUUUUAUGGAGUAAAUUAUACUCCCGUAAAUGCCACUUACCCUUGGUGCACAAAUACUUUGGGCGAUAUUAUAGAAGAUAUGAAAAUAAUUUCCCAAUUAACUAACAGAAUCCGGGUUUAUGGAAUGGAUUGUAAUAUCGCUGAUUAUACUAUGGAAGCAAUCCUUAAAUUAAAUUUGAGUAUGACUAUUGUUCCCGCUAUUUGGGUUGAUAAGAAUGAUACUACUUAUCAAAGACAACAUGAUCUUUUAUUUAAUUUCAUCGAAAAAUAUGGUGAAGAUAAAAUUGAUG